AUGCAGCAAGCCUAUCAAGAUGCCAUGGCGAUUGUGGCUCGGUACGGGAAGCCAACGUACUUUUUGACGAUAACGUGUAACCCACAGUGGAAGGAAAUACAGGAAAAUCUCUUUCAUGGCCAGUCGCCGUCUGAUCGUCCCGACUUGGUAGCACGUGUGUUCAAUGCAAAGCUACAGGAACUUUGUAACGAUUUGCUCAGACGACAUGUUCUAGGAGAAGUGGAAGCAUAUGUGUACGUGAUCGAGUUCCAAAAGCGUGGUUUACCACACUGCCAUAUGCUUCUCAUUAUGAAAGAUGACUGGAAGAGUGCGGACGGCGGAAGACGUGGAUAA